GAUUUCUAUAAAUGGAGUCAAAAAUAGAAACACCCCAACCUGGUCGGUUAGCGCAGCUUUGAUAUCAAUUAUUAAACUAAUACCUUGCCCGCAGCAUAAUCUUUUAAAGAACAUAAUUAAUCCCCUUUUUUUUUUGGUUCCCUCUUUCGUUCAGGGCUUCAUACCUGUCCGCUGUCGCUAUCACACUCUUUUUUUCGAUAAAUCUCCUGCUGGCCAGGUAAAGAGGUUAUCUAAUACUCCCCUUCAGUGGCACAUCCUCGACCUUAUUCACCUUGGACGGAUCCAUCUGUUUUUCUUUCUCGUUGCAGCUGUUUCUACUCUUAAAAAGCUUACUGUUGUCGGUUCAAAAUGUCUUUCGCUAUAAUCGCCCCCUCUCCCAAAUCGCCCGCCUCUUCUCCAGGUAUGGCCAGCUCUAUAGAACUUGUCAAGCCGGUUUCCAGGUCCAAAAAGUCCCGCAAGCCUACAGGAAAGUCGUCGUCUAGCCCGUCAACACAAGGGAAUCCUGGCAUCAAGAAGGCGGAGAAGCUACAUAGAAGAUCUCGUUCUGGAUGUUUUACAUGCCGCCUGCGACGCAAGAAGUGCGACGAAGGCCAUCCUGCUUGCCGUGCUUGCAAAAAUCUCAAGCUCCGAUGUGAAUAUGAACGGCCAAUGUGGUGGGGAAACAAUGAACAGAGAAAGUCGCAAAAGGAGUACAUUAAGGAUCUCAUCAAGAGCACCAAGAUGAACGAAAAGACAGUUUCAUGUCCUCGUCAAUCAUGCUGCACAUACAGCCCUCCUGACCUUUCUCAUUCAGCUCCAACCCCUGAGGCAUACCCAGAUACCACUUCGCAAACCCGAGACACUUCUCUAGAGCCGCCUUACUGCACUGAAGGAGAGCCUAGCCAUGUUCACAUCCAGGAAUUAUAUGAUUCAUAUGCUCAAGAUCAGCCAUCACAUUUGGAUUCUAACGGAUUCUGGUCUGCUCCAACGCCGUAUGAAGUAGAUGUCAAAACAGAGAGCGAGCUAUUCAUCAAUGAUAUCCCAACUCGACGGGACUCAUCAACGUCUACUUUCAAUACUUUCCAGCCUCCUCUUGCCCAUGCCAUGCUACCUUCAUUUGCUGAAGAUGACUGGGCGCGAAAUGAUGUGUUCGAUUCCAAGGUUCUCUCAGAGCAUAGCUGCCUUGAGUUUUCUCACGUCCCCGUGGGUGUUCCUUCGAUCCAGGUUGACGAUUCAGACCGCCAUUUACUGGAUCAUUUCUUUGAGAAUGUAUCUAGCAAAAUAUUCCCCAUCCUGGAAACCAGAAAACGAGGAGGUGUGUUCGCUGAUGUUAUUCUCCCUGCCAUCGAGUCGAAUAAGUGCUAUCUGCACUGCUGCCUAAGCAUUGCUGCUGUUCAUCUAAAGUCAACGCAGCAUGUCAUCAGCGACUUCAUCGACAAUGAUAUCCUUAAGCACCGCUUCCAGGCCGUUUCUGAGCUUUGCUCUUCUCUGAACCAGGAUACCGAUCAUCUUCAGAUUCUCGAGGCCACUCUCAGUAUGGCGUUCUUCCAAUGCGCUGCUGGUCGUGCAAACGACACUCUCCCUGAUGUUCCGUGGCACCAACACUUCCAAGCAGCCACGGGCUUGAUCCACAAACUGGACCUUCCCCACCGCCUUCUAGAAUCCGACCAUGGCGCUGUUCAUCCGCCAUUCAGCAUGAGCCUAGCUGCCUGGAUCGAUAUCUUGGGAUCAACGAUGCUCGGACAGAUGCCGCAGUUCGCACAUACAUACAGAACCAAACUCUUUGGUGGAUCAAGCGCCGGGCUUUGUGAACUAAUGGGUUGCGAAGACCGAGUCAUGUAUUUGAUUGCAGAAAUCUCGUGUCUCGAUGCUUUGUGUAUCGAGGGCCGAACUGACCAUGCUAGCCUUUGUGGCCAUGUCACGAACCUUGCUCAACAGCUUGACCAUACUGAACCACCGGCUGGAUCGCUCGUCAAACCAUUCUCAGAGAACGGGGUUUUGCUACCCCAGCAGCUUUCUAGAAACAUCACUGCCCUAUUCAGAGUGGCCGCGCGUGUCUAUCUUUGCAGUCUUGUUCCUGGAUCCAAACGCGACCAGCCAGGCACCGUUAGCCUGAUCUCACAUGCUGCGGAACUGCUUGACCUCAUCCCUAGUGGGCCAGAAGGAUUUGAUACCUCCCUUGUCUGGCCACUACUCAUUUGCGGCUCGCUUGCAACUCCUGGAAGUACAUUCCGCGAGACGCUUGGCAAACGAAUAGAGCAAAUGGGUCAGCAGGCCGAGCUAGGAAGCUUUGGCCGCAUGAUAUGCGUGCUUCAGAAAGUCUGGCGUCUUGCAGACGAGAAAGCUCUCAUAGAGGCAGAACAACCAACAGCAUUUUCCCAGCGAUCUAAUGGGGAGCUUCCGCUGAUAAGCAACAAUAUUGUCCGCUGGCGAGAUGUCAUGCAACAAAACGGCUGGGAUUUUCUCCUGAUCUAAUUUCUACUUUUCCCGGAUUUGUUCAAGUUACACUGAAGACGAGGCGAUGUCUUACGAUAAUUAUUAGCCUUGUGAUUAGUUUGAUACUAUCACUAAGGUUGAGGAGCUGGCACUCCUUUUACGAUCACUACAGCAGCAUUAAACUGCCCAGUGGACCUGGGUUGGCGACAUUUUAUUCAACGGAAGGCAUUAUGAUGAAACCUUCUAUAUACCUAAUAUUUAUUCAAUAUACCCCCUUUUUAGCUUUACGCAAACCGCUCCUUGCCCCUUCACAAACCAGUACCAGCCUGGAGACAUUUUAGCGUUUGAAACACUCUCAGAUCCGUUUGUGGCUGAGCCUCAGCUUGCAUAAGUUUGGGGGCCGUUUUCGAUCUGCAAGGGCCAUGUCUAUUAUUGGGGCCCCGAGUAAUUUCCCCCUUUCAUGCUCUGCGUUGUUGCAGCGUUCUAUGGAGAAGGGGACGAGGACCAUCAUCUCUAUUUCUUUUGCCUUGCAACAUCUGCUCCAUGCUUACUGAACCUAUUACUUUAUGUAUAUUUAAGCUAGGAUACCUUUCUGCAUUGUUUGGUCACUGGGAUAGAUAUAUGUGAGUUUGAAAUAUUUGUAGGGAUGAAAGAAACUCGAAAGAGUUACCCUCCAUUAUAUUUAGCUUCAACAUUAGUUAGCUAAAGCCUUCACUGGCAAAUGAAUAACAACGAAAACAUCAUUAAAUGAAAAGGUCCUUCAGAAAUCUUGUUUCAGAGCUCUGAAUAGGACAAUGCUAUCUACUGUUCAUUAUAUUAACUACUAACAGUUUGACCGCUAAAGGUAACAUGAAGUCCUGUAUAAUCAAGUAUUUCCCGCUACUUAUUCAAGCCCUAAUACCGCAGUAGCUCUGUUUCAUGACAGUGACAGAAUAACUAUGUGUAGUAUCUCACAACUCGGUAACCUAGAGUUCCAAGAUCAAUGACUUCCUAUCAAAUGUAGGAUUGAAAUGAGCUGGGGGUUGAGUCUUACUAAGCGUCAUGGCAAUGGCUUAUUUGCAAAUAAUAGGAGUCUGAUAUUACGUGGAUCGACUGGCCCAGUGGUUAAGGCGUCCGCCUUACAUACGAAGUUACGCGGAAAAUCGCAGGUUCGAUCCCUGCGUCGAUCAUUAUCAC